CAAAUAUGGAUGCAAACUUUUGAUGGGCAGUUCAACCCAUGUCAAUUUACAGCUUGGAAUAGCCAGAUAAUUAGAAAAAGAAAUUGCUAGCUUAAGAAUACUUCUCGAUAAUUUGAGCCUCCGACGACCAGUUGAUGAUGAAGUGCCGUCAUAAAGGGUAUUACUUUAUUCUUGGCGUUUUAAACAUGGUCGCCAUGACUUUGUUGUCAUCAGCGUUGGGUACAAACAGAUGGACAGAGGGCAGCAUUGUAAGGCAUAUUGCAGUUAGUUCUCAAAACAGAACGCAAAACGAGGUUUUCCAGGCUGGUUCUAAAUAUUUUGGUCUGUUUCGUGGAUGCGAGCGAAAGAAAUACGGGCAUUAUUUUCAAGAGAGAACAAGAUGUUUCAAUGCUUUAGACGAGGCAAAAAGCAUUGCGAGAUCUGACUUGGUCUACGUCACUUUAGCAUCAUGCUGCCUAGCUGAAGUCAUUCUGGUUGUGUCGAUAUACUUGUCCUUUUACAACGAACUUGUUAGAUCCACGUCUACCAUGCUGCAAACAAGGAUGCCGCUCAUUGUGUUUUCAUUAAUAGUUCUCCUAGAUACGAUUGCAGUUGGCUCGUACCUAUUCCUCUACGUGCAUUAUUUGAGAAACAUACUUCUGAGCAAAGUCGACUUGGCGGAUGGCUUUUCGACGAAGGAUCGCAGCGAUCUUGGCUACUCUUUCUGGCUGAUGGUUGCCUCAUCGAGCAUCAGUCUCCUGAGCCUCUUUAUUCUCUUUGUGGACCUUCUCAAAAGAGGCAGAACAAAAAUGUCCUUCGGUUCGAAUAGAGACCAAAUGGCUGCAGUGGAUCUGAAGCCACGUGACGGUCCAGUAAUGAUGAUGUACUGAGUUUCGUCCAGAAAAUUGAUUCCCUAAAGUGCAUUGUACGUAAUAGAAUAAAGUAUUUAAAAGAAACUUAUGGUAUUUAGAUAAGAUUAUUUAGCAUGUGUGGCUUGUAUGUUUGAAACACUUUUUAAAGUGAAUGGGAUACAAGAGCCCCGAUGCAAGUUGGAAAGUGGAGGAGACAAAGGUAAAAUAAAGACUCACGACAAAGCAUUUGACAGAGGGGUGUGGGGGGUUCAAACAAGUUACCUUUUAGUGUAGUGGAAUAACGAUUUUCUCGGACAAAAAUAGUAUAAAGCUGAAAUUUGGCACAUAGGUUCCAUACUAUGCUGGGAAUAACCAGUAAAAAGCCCCAUCGAUUGGAAAUUAGAGAAUUCCUUAUUUGGGGAAAUCCCAUAAUCAGCAAGGGUUCAAAUUUUGAUGUCGCUAAAACCACAUAGUAUGUGCAUCUUUUAAAAGACAAUUUCAUAAGUUCUAGAAUAGAACGUGGCUACAAGAAUUCCUGCUCGCUUCGCUCGCAGAGGACCCCAUCUAUUUCCCUCGUUUUAUUGUUUAUAACAAUUUCCCCUCGUUUUAGUGUUUAUAUAGAAAAGUCAUUCACGUUUUUUAGACAUUCCUGAUAAUAUAGAAACUAAAAUGCUAAAGCGCUACAAUCUUUUUAAAACUGGAUUCUGAAAUGCUUGUCGGGGAUUUUGCUCCAAGGAGAAUGGACUUAGUUUGAAGCUUUUGAAUACUGUUUACUAUUUUGAGAUAUUUGAUUACAACUUUGGAAAAUCAGUUUUUCCAUAUAGUGCUUCCUCAUCUUGCACAAUUCACAAUAUAAAUGUUAGAGGAAUUGUGAAGGAAUGGACAGUUGUAGAAUGGGGUGAGCCACAAAAGAUGUUGUAUCAAGCGAAAUUGCCAGCAAAACUUUUCUUUCCGUUGCCUCUGCAAUCUUCCAGCCCUGACUACGUCACUGCUUCUUAUCGUCUGUACCUUAAAGCUAAAAAUAAAUUUUUAAAAAUGGGCGUUUCCAUAUUUUACCAGUGACCUGAAGGGUAUGACACCAAAAUUAGUAUCUAACACCCCCCAAUCAAUGCUUAAAUCCGCCCCUUUUAAUAAACUACAAAAUCGAUGCCACACAAUGUCUACCCCACCGCCAAUACGGAAAGUUAAACUAUAACACACAUUAAUAAAUUUUGUUAUAAAAAUUGGUUUUGCAAUAUUCAAAUUAAGUUAUGAGCCUUUGCACUUUAGAACUAACCAAGGACUGCAGGGACGAUAUUGUGCCGAAUGUGAGUCGAAGAAUUUGCCCUGCGGAGGAGAAUUUGUUUGAAAAAAUUUGGGAGGGCAACGGAACUAGAGAGGAUGAAAAGCGAGGGAAAGAAAAGUGCGAACGUGGGAACCAUUAUAAACAAAAUAUUGCCUUACAAUUCAUAGCUAUGAAGUGGAUGGGAGGAUAUUGUACUUGUUUAAUGGCUGUGCAUCAUUCGGACUAUAGUUUGUUUUAUACCGUGGAAUUCGCUCGCAUGUGAGGAAGAUCUUUGAUGAUGGAGUUGAUCGGGCCUUUUGUUUACUUUUGUAAUGUCGUUGCUGUAAUUCUGUUACAGAACAAAUUGUUAGUUUCCGGAGAUUUAUGAUAUAUUUUGUAGCAGUAAUUAUUUUGAUUCUUGUCAGAUGCCUUGACUAUUGUGGCUUUAGACGAAGAUGCAGGGCAGAGAUGUUGAUUCCUUUUUUACAAAUGAUCCUAUUCAUAUGUCAAAUAUUUUGAAAAUAUCUGUGAGAAAAGGAAAAGAUGGCUACGGAUUCGUGCUUUCCAACCAAGCACCGUGUGUUGUGAGCAGUAUUACGAAAGGAGGGCCUGCAGAUAUUGCUAAAUUGAGAAUUGGGGAUGAAAUCCUCGAAGUAAACAAUCAAAAUGUCUCCACCUCAUCUCAUCAGCAAGUUGUUAGACUCAUCCUAAGGCGAAACUACAAUUUACUGGCUCUGACAAUUCGUCGACUUUCAGAAACACACACAGCAUUAAAAAGUGCUGGAGACCUCCACAAUGAAAAAGAGGAUUUUCAUAAAAGUGUGCUUGAAACUGUUCAUAAAGUUGUUGGGGAUCUGACAUCAGGGAAUCAUUUCAAGGAUAAUGAGGACUACAGGGAGAAGAAACCUCAUUAUCAGAAGCGAAGAUCAAAACCUCAUCUACAUGAACUCCUCUUUGAGGACCAUGUUCCAAGGCUCCCUUUUGAAUUUUCAAAAACAGAAAUGUCUUUAAGGGAGCACAGAUUGGCAGGUGAUCACACAAAGAAGAGCCAAGAUUUUAGCUCACCUUUGUCAAAUGACUUUGCUCAAGAGACCCCUCUUUCAGAUUAUAGAGUUGUUGUUGGGUAUCUGAGGACAGUUGAACUUCCUGACUCAAAAAAUUUAUCAUUGGCAAGUCAAAAUGCUCUGAGUAGUUGUAAACGGUCAUUGCAUGUUACAUCUAAGAAAGUAACUAAGCACUUUUUAAUGACCAUAUCAAGAAAUGGAAUAAAAUUGAGCAGUUCACACUCAGAAAACUAUGCAACAUAUCCACUGAAACUCAUUAGCUAUACUUGUUCCUGUCCAGAAGAUGAUAAAUUAUUUGGCAUUGUUACAAGAAAGGAACUAAACUAUGACAAUUUAUCAUCUAGUCCUUAUGAAUCUAGGAACAAAGGGCAAAUGUAUGGAGAUGUGUGCUCAUGUCAUAUUUUUAUGCUUGAUCCGAUGCUAAGUUCUCAUUCUGCACAUAAGACUGAAGCUAAGAAAUUUGGAUUUUCCUGUCACCAGAUAACCAGAGAUGGAUUAUGUGAAGAAUUUCCUUUAAAUUCAUUGAUCAUUCUGGAGGAAAUAAAUUCAUUAUUUCAAGAGAUGUCUUUUGAUGAUGUUUCAUAUGACUCACCAGAUACGCUUUCCCCUGUCCAAAAGAAAUCUAGCAUCAAUGAGGAUUUUAAUGGACUUGAAGGUCUUACAUUAAAUGAAGACUUGCCGCAAUGGAGUCCUAAGUAUAUUGAGCAUAACAUGGAAAUAAAGCAUUUUGCAAGAUCGCCAUUUAGACAAAGAAAACCAAUUUCAGAAAAUCUUUUUGACAAUCCCAUGGAGCAAAUUUGUGUAAAGGCAGAUAGAGAGUUUCAUUCAGGACCAGAUUCCUUGGCAUCUCCAACCAUUGAAAAUCCGUUUGAGGUCGUGCAAGAUCCUAUUGCCGUCAUGCUGCCACACAGUACCAACGAAAGCAGCGGAGGGAAUGACAAAGGGAAAGAGACAGAACCGUCGUUAGAGCUGUUGCUGAAGUGUCCUGCCGGUCUGCAGAGUUUUGAGGAUUUUCUAAAAAAAGAACACAGUGAAGAGAAUAUUAUGUUUUGGAAAGAUGUUGAAAAUUUUCGGCUCAUUGAUGAUUCAGGAAAGCUGCGAAGGCGUGCUAAUGAGAUCUAUCACACUUACCUUGCUGGAGGAGCACCAGGUCUUGUCAAUGUUGAUCAAAAAGCCGUGAAAAAGGCGGAAGAAAAGCUGAUUAACCCGGACGCAAAUAUGUUCGAUUUGCAGCAACAGCAGAUUUUCAUGUUGAUGAAAUACGAUUGCUUUCCGCGCUUCCUCAAAUCAGAAUUUUACAAGCGAACGCCACUAAUACCAAAUUUCCAAGAACUUGACGAAGAUAUGGAAAAUAAGGAUAACAGAAAACGGAAGUCCCAAUGGUACUUGAAGAUAAUGAGUUCGUCAAGGGAUUCUGGGAUAAAAAACAAAAACGAGGCUGACGCUUCUGAACAAACUGAAAAGAAGAAAACUCUACUUGGCCUUUGGUCGAAAGGGAAAGGGCCUAAGGUUGACGGAAAGUCACGUGAUAAACCUGGAAAGCUUGGAAAAUUAAGAGCUCGUCAUGAUUCGCAGAGCUCUUUAAGCGACGGUAGCAGCAAACCUACCACGCCCAAUUUUACUGAAGAUCGAAAAAGAUUUGACCUUCCGAAGUCGCCGAGUGAGAUCAAAGAACUUGUUGGCUCGGAAGCGCCAUUUUGCCGUGUGAUCUUACCAAAUGGCUCGUCAAAUGUUGUCGUACUGGAAUCAGGUCAUCCGAUUAAACACGUGCUCCAAACGUGCUGUACCAGGCAAAAGCUACAGCUUUCGUCUUAUGAUAUUUUCGCAGGGGACGAAAGGAAGUCAGUUGAUUUGCAGAAAGACGCAAUGUUCUUUGCUGGCGAAGUUUUUCAAUUGGAAAGAAAGAUUCAAUUCAGGUUUGAUUUGCCAAACAAGCGAUCGGUGGCCGUUAUGGAUAGCCCGAGCAAAACUUUGUACGAUGUAAUUGAGCCAAUUAUGAGAAAAAAUGGAUAUGAAAUCGACAGAUAUAUCAUACACAUUACCAACAACAACAUUCAGCUUCCCCUGCAGACUGGUAUUGCAGCCAUUGAGAACAAGCAUCUUGUCACUAAAGAGAAAUCACAAGAAAAUGUUUCGUGGAAACCUCCCGUGGGUAACGCAGCUGACCUAAGGACGUCAUUUAGAAGAUUACGGCAGUCAAGUAAAGAUGAUAGCUCACUGAUGAUUCGGUCACGAAAUGAAGCAAAACCCGCAAGAACGCAGGAACGACGCGGGUCUUUGGAAGGGCGCCGAUCAUACUUCACCAGGCUAAAACAGGGGAUCAAAAACAAUACAAAUAUGCGAUCAAAAAGCAUUGAUCAAACUACUUUUGCUCUUAAUGCAGUAAAACAACAGCAAGAUGGUGAACAGGACCAAUCCAAGAAGAAUCAACCUAUUCCUUCACACAGUAGACAGCACUCCGCCCCUCUAUACGAUCGACCGUAUGACGCUUCCGAUACAGGCAGCUCUUCAUUUUUAGAUGACCUUCUGUCCGCCGGUGUGUAUGAUAAAAAUGGCCAUGAAUCAGACCCUCAUAAGUUCAGGCCAGCUUCUGAAGUAAUCUUUGCUCAAAAUGAAGAGAAAGAAUUUUUUGAUCGAAGGGCCAGUGUCCCCUUGGCUAGAAUCGUACGAGAUGACGGGGAACUAAAAGAUUUCUCCCGGAAAGGUGUUUCCAAUUCAGAUAUUUCUGCACUUUCCACACAUCUACAUCCACGUUCCAAAUUCGUUAAAAACAUGCACGCCACUUUGAAUGCUGCUGUGAGUGACCCAGAGCUGGCAGUACGACGAGGCAGGGCUAAAAACGUCAAAGCAUUAAAAGAAGAUGUAGGGCGACGUGGCAGCGAUGCAUCGAAUAACUCGAAUUCGCCGUCAAACAGUGCGCGCAAAUAUAGCGAGCGGAGGCCGCGAAGUGACGCUGAGAUAGGUCAAAACCGCCGGUUGUCGAAAAAUUUACUUUCUUGGCGAUCCCGGCAGAAUUCAUCGGAUUCUGUAACGAGCACAGCAACUGAAGAAACGGAUGCUGGGAAAUCGCGAAAGUUAAAGCGGGAUGACGUCAAACGAUAUUCGUCUCCUGAGCCUGUUAUUCUUAAAAAUUAUCCCCGAAGCCCACGUAACAAACAAAAGAAGCUCGAAAUGGCGGAUGCCGAAAUUGCUAUUGCGAAUUCACCCGUGUAUCUUGUUGAAGUUGGAAGUCGGCCUAAUGGCCAAAAGGAUCGGCCACAACCAAUUUCUGUCGCGGACGAAUCCGAUAUUCUUCGCGGACUUGACUUGGAGGAAAGUUACGAUAACGUAUCAACUCCUUCUUCGGCAAAAACUGAAGAAAGUACAAAUUCGCUGGACGAUUCUUUUGAAAAUGUACUCGACACAAUGAAUUGGAAAGAUAACGCUACAGAUGAAAGAAAAAAUGGAGAUCCUUCCUUAAAAUUACACGAACAAGGCGAUAAUUUAAACCGGACAGACACGUUAAAUGAUACUGGAAGCAAAAGUAAUGUCGCUGUUGUUAUCGAUGUUGUAGAUAGUGCAGGUACAGCCGAGGACGUUAAUCUUCCUGAUCCUGAUUAUGAGCACAAUGCAACCGUGACAGGGUCGGUUAAUGACGAGACACUGAUAAUGGAAGACAAGGAUACUGGCCUAGAUCUCUCUGGAUUAAUGGACAUGACAAAUGUGAAAAGGAACCGCAAAGGAGUAAAACCAAAGGGAGAGAAGGAACAGAAAGUAAAGGAAACAGCUAUAACAUUUGUCUAGUAACUAAUUUAUCUGUACAGAUAUUCUCAAGCGAGAAAUAGUUGGUCCUAAGUGGGCUGUAGGGGUAAGACCUUGAAUGGGUUUGUUCUAGGGUUUUCGUGAAGAGCACACGAUACACUGUGAAACGCUUGUUUGAUUUGGCUUUCGAAUAACCCUUUCUAAUUUAUUACCUUAAUACAGAAAAACUAGAGGAGCUUGGUAUUUUAACCGCACAAGUCAGAAAUGAGCUUAAUUGAAAGCAACUUAAUUUUCACCGUAACGUAUUUAAAUACAGCUUAUUUAACAAAUAUAGAAAGCAAUGAGAGAGAAAAGCGAUUUUUUACGAUUGUUUCAUAUUUCAUCAACUAGUUUUCUCGACUAAAAUGGAAACGAUGUACUCCUCCUCCUCGCCACGCUCCUCGUUUUCGCCACAGUUCUCGUUUUCGCCACAGUCCUCGUUCUGGCAAGUGUCAGUAUUUGACCCCAUGCUAGAAUUCUAUCCCUCAUUACUGUUGCACGGAUUUUGCAGCUUUCAAAAUACGAACAGUUUUUAUUUUGUGAUUGAUCUAUUUUUCUGUAUGCACGAUUUUCUCGUGACUGAAGGUCCUUUCAGUUUACGCAGUUAGCAAGGAUCUGAUUGACACGUGAUCUUGAAUUUAGCAAACUGUUUCCCGAAAGAUGUUUAAACCUUUCUAAAGCUGUACUCCGAAAUAUGACUUAGAAAGCUCAUUUUGUUUAAGAAGUUUUUUCGAGAUUAUUUUUCUCGUUCCCACCCCGUUCUUCCAUACUUUUCAAUCCUCACAUUUUGUUCUCAUAUCCUACUUCCAAGUUCUAAGUUUCAGAACCCUUUUUUUAAGUUUUUUACCAAUGACGUUGUUCAUAAAUUUUCUUUUGUCAAAAUUUUUUACCUGCGUUUUUUUAAUUUCUAACACCUGUUUUAAAGUAUUACAUUGUAUCAUUGUAAACAUGGUAUGUUUUUCAAAAGAAUGAUUGUUUAAUGACUGAGCAGGCUCUUACAUUAAUAUAUGAAUGCUAUAGAGAAUAAGACUUUUAGAAGGAGA